GUUCCUGUUUUGGCUUAGUAAAAGUACGCCAUUAUACAACUUGGACUAGCUGUAACGUCUCUUCCUUCAUAUACGAACAGCAAAAACCCUUUUUUUUUAUUGUCGCUUUGGCAAAUAAUUCUUCGAGUUCUCCUCUUUUCACUCGUCUCCAUCCAAUUUAUUUGGAGAAUACGUCUAUAAAAAUCUUGGCGGCUACUUGUUAUUUGCUAUGAAAAUGCGACUGAAAUUCGACAACGAAGAACCGAAUGCUUACCGCUGUUGUUUUUGCUGUCACGUAAGAACUGGGACCAUAAUAUUGGGACUAUGGCAUUUGCUUGCCAAUCUCUUUGUUAUGUGCUUACUGGUCAUUGCCACUGUACAUCCAGAACUCCUGAAAGUUUUCCGAUCAUCCUCUCCUAUUGAGUUUGAUAGAUAUUUACUGAAAGAGGACCAGAACAAUUGGGAACCCUACAAGAAUGGACUGUUUGAUUCAAUAUGGAGGAGCAAAGAAGAUCUGUGUGUUGUCUAUGCCAUCACCCUCUGCUCUACAACAAUGUGUGUCCUCCUCAUCUAUGGUGCUGUUAAGAAUCGACCUGGAUACCUGAUUCCUUUCUUUGGUCUUCAGGUCUUUGACUUCUGUCUUAGCUGUCUGACUAUUGUUGGAUCUUCCCUCUUUACAACAAACAUUAAAGUGUGGCUCAAGGAACAAAGACUGGAUAACUGUCCUGGCUUCCAACGCCUAAUGGAGAUGGACAGUGAUCUUCAGAUGUUAUUGAUUGUCAUCUUCAUUGUGGUAUUCCUGCUUAUCAGGGCUUACUGUUUGGGAGUCAUCUGGUCUUGCUAUAAGUAUGCCCAGCUGGUAUCUGCAGGAAGGAACCUUAUUCGGGAAUACAGAGUGGACCCUGAUACUGAGAUGCUUCUGCCACCAAGCUAUGAAGAUGCCAUUAAGGUCCCGUUGUCAGAGCUGGCAGCCAUGUCACAUUCAUCUCAGCAGAUCCCACCUCCUCCUUAUAUGAUGUCUCUUGCUCCAGUUGUUGAUGCCUCUACAACCACCUCUGAUGCUAGUAGUAGUAGUAGUACACCAACAACCACCACUACUACUACUACAAACAGUGAUAAUGGUAAUUAGGGAGGUUGAUGAGUGUUCCAGAACAUGUGCAUACACACAUUCUUACACGCAUUUGCACAUACAUGCAAACACAUAACCACUGUAUAUAAAGAAUACAAGCACUACAUAUAGUAUAUAAAAUGCUCUCUCUCUCUUUCUUCCCGUAAUAUGCACCUAUUAAAUAUAGUAUAUGUAUACAAACAUGGUCGUACACACAGACGCACACGGUUUACACAUGCACACAUGUACAUAUUAUGUAUGUAAGCACAUGCACAGACAAGCACAUGUAUAUACAUUGAUUACACAUACACACACACACACACACACACAACACACACACACGUAUAUGCCUGUGUAUGAGCGUGUAUGAGCCACAUGUAUAGCGACACACCCAUCCACACAUGUAUAUGCGUAUGUGUGAUCUACAUGUAUAGCUAUACACACACCUACAUACAAACAUACACAGCAGUUACAAGUAUAUAUAUAUAUAUAUAUGUGAUCUCUCUCUCUCUAAUAUAUUUCUCUGUAUAAAUAGACUUUCAAAAGCUCAAAGAUGUGCUGGUCUCCUUAAUUACCAAAAUUACCUAUUCCCUUUUAACCAUUUGAUGACUGGUGUAAUUAGUUCAUCCACACCAAACCCUCUCUACAAGUUCUCAUUUUUGAAAUUUUCUCUUCUGUGUCUUGUUACUGCGUCUUUGUGGUGGUGGUUUGUGUUGGGGUAGAGGGAUGGGUGAGGGAGUAUGUAGCAGGUAGUUUGUAAUGGCGUCCAAACAAUUUCAAGUGCAUCUACAUAUAUUGUGUGUGCAGUUCUGCUUGAAUAAAGCUGUCCUUAGCUAAGGUACUGCAUAAAUUUAACUGCAUAUUUUUUACUGCAUCCUCUUGUUUUGUUUUCUUAAAUUCAAUUUGUGUGUGUGUGUGUGUGUGUGUGUUUUUUUUUUUUUGUGUGUUAUUCCUUUUUUCUAUUCCCUGUUUUUAUGGAUUGACGAGAAGCAGUGUUGGUGGUGGUGGUCUUGUAAAUCCAUGUCAGAAAAAUAAAAUGGCUGAUUGCAUAAAUUUGUCAAUAUUCAGUUUUCGUUUUUAGCUAUGCUCCCCACCAUCUCGUCAUCUUUAUUGCGGAGUGAACUGCCCUAAAAGUUUUGACUUUGCGGUUCUUUUAUUUUAGAAGAUGGUGUCAUGUUAGAAUAAAUUUGGUUGCUUCAUUGCAAAGGGCAAGAGCCAAUAUAGAAGCUAACUGCCUUUUGGCUCUUUUUUUUCUCCUCAUUUUAAAUAUGGUAGGUCGAUAUAUUGAGAAGGAUUUGAUUUCGGCUUUGAGCUGGUUAAUGUUACUAGAUAGAAGCUGCUUUGAAAGCUAGUAUAGUGCCUGCUUUAAAGAAACUUUGAAAGUUUGUGGAGAUGUGACUGUUAUAAUUGAAUAGGCUUAGCAACUGCAGAGAAGGGGCCUUGCUGUUUCAUGGUGGUGUUGUGAUGAAGGUAAUAAUAAUUGAGGCAGUAAUGUUAAUGUUGCUGAUGAUUGUGAUAAUGAGGUGGUGUUGGCCAUAGCAGUGAUGUGUUUUAUUAUGAAAGACAGGGCACUGGAAGAAAUAGUAGAGCAUCAGACUAAAUGACUUAUAAUAUUUAGUCUAAUUUCUCCACAUCAAUGAUAAUAAAUUUUUUUCAGAUUCUAAUUCUUUGGCUCUGCACAACAUUCCCAAUGUCCUUCAUCUUGUAACAUUAUUCUGAAGAUUGGCUCCAAGCAACACGUGUAAUUUCAAAAAGGGUAGCAGUAAGCCCAUUGCUCCUGCUUUCCUAGAAAACUCAUAAUCUUCCCUGAAGCAAUCCUAUAAACUUUAGUCAUAGUGGCAAGAACUGCUUAUAAUGUUUACUGAAACUUAAGCCUGUAUUUGUAGUCUUAAGUGAAAAUAGAUUAGCCUAUGCCUUUUAUCUGUGGCUGAAGGGUGGCUGAGGCAUUAAAAGAAGCACCCAUAAUAUAAUGAGGUUUGUUUAAUCAUGCUUACCACUGAAUUCUUUUUCAGUAGAGGUAUUGAAGUAAAGCCCAGUAGGAUACUGAUGUUGGUUCAGACACCUAAAUGAAAAUAUACCCUGUGCCUGAUGAAAAGAAAUCUCUGCACAACUGGACUCCCACAUCACCCGUAGCAUCUAUCAGUAAACAAUAGCAUCACCUCCCAUAGUUAGUUGUUGCUUGGUUUCUUUGUUUGUUUGGUGAUGGUUUUUCUUUUCAAUGUUACUGUAGUUAGAAUUUUAGGAAGUGACAAUAAGUUUUUUUAUUUUUUUUUUUUUUAUUCUUUUGUAUAUGUUCUCUGUUCUUUAAUGUUUCAUCUCCUUCUGUUCCUCUUCUACUAUCGUCUCCCCAUCUCUUCAGCUAUUCACAUUCCUUGGGUUAUAUUUUGUAAUGUGUGGUCAUUGCUCUACUGGCCAUUGCCUCUCAUUCUUUAGCUUAUGUUUUAUAGUUCAUGGCCCUUGCUGCUCUGACCACACACACACACACACACACACACACACACACACACACACACACACACACACACACACACACACACACACACACACACACACACACUAUAUUCUUCAGAUAACUUUCUUUGCAGCUGAGUAAUUUGCUUCUUUUGGGGAGUAAUUCUUGUUUCUGUAUCAUGUUUUAUUAUUGACUGUAUCCUGUUCUUUAAGGGGUUCUUUUGUAAUAGUGGCCUGAGUUGUACUGACCACAUCUUAUUCCUUGAGUCAUCUUUGUGAUGUAGUCUUUACUUCACUGACCAUUAUGAUCACUAUGAUGUGGUCCUUGCUACAUUGGUGACACAUUCUUCCUUUUGUGGGUUUAUUCUUAAUUGGCUUUAUUUGUGAAUACUAUGACUCGGUAGAAAUACUGGUAUGUUCAACUAAAUACAUCACAAUAUUUGGUUACAUCCCCUCUUUCAUUCUGAGUUCAAAUCCCUACAAUGACUGGUUUUGUUUUCAUCUCUUUGUCUUUCAUCUCCUAAAUAAAAUAAGUACUAAUCAUAUAUAGGGGAUCAACUCAUCUGUA